CAAUCAAAAAUAAAGAAUAUUCUACAAAAUUUGUAUACAGAUAAAAUGGAUAUUAAACUAGUCAAGGAAUUCGAAAACUUUGUAAAUUAGAUCUAGCCUACUCUUAGCAAAAUUGAAAAGCAAUAUAAUAAUUAAGCUGUUGCAGUAGAAAAGAGUUGCUUCAAUAAAGCAAACAAUUAAGAGCAUAAAUUUGUUGAAUGUAUGAUUAAAAAUAGCGAUGCCUAUCAAAAAGCAUUUAAAAGCCUUGAGUAUCAUAUUAAUUACUGGAAAAAUACAACUUUUCUCUGCUUUUAAAAUAGUCCAAACGACUUAAGUAACUGUAAGUAAGAGGCUUCUAAAACGCUUGAAUAAUACAUCCAUAAAUGCUUUAAAGAUAUUUGA